AUGAAAAGAACUGUUGAUAUUUACAAACCAAAUGCAAAGAAACCAAAACAGACGAAUAGUAGCAAAUCAUAGACAUCUUAUGGUGCAUACCUAAAUAGUGAUGUUAAGAGCAUUGCUAAAUUGUACUGAUUGUUAGCAUUUACAUGAGGAAGGAAAAUCUUACGCAAAUAACCAACAAUUACUUUAUAAAGAAUCUGAGAAUAGAGUAGACACAAAAAUCCAGUUCCAAACAGCUUAAGACCAAUUUUUCGUAGUUAAGAUAGCCAAGAUCAGCUACAAUUGAUACAAAGAACUCUUAAAAAAGUAAUUUGAGUUUAUAAAUAUUUAGAAAUAUCUAGACCUUAUGAAUCAUUAUAACCAAAAAGACAAACAGUAGUUGAAUCGACAUAGAAUUUAAUAAAGCAAUAUGCAAAUUAAAAGUAGAAAAGCAAUGUAGAAAAGAGAAAUUUAUGGCAUAAUUUUGUAACAGAAUCUAUAUUAUAAUUACAGCUAAAUAAUUCUAUAAUAGAAUAAUAAGUACGUAGAGCUUAAAGUUCAAGUACUCAUAAUAUGAGAUCAGAACCAAAGAGUGAUCUAAAAUAUAGAUCAGCUUAAUCUUUACAUUACAAUCCUGAUUUUUUAUAAUUCAAACUUUCAUUUAGUGCAAGAACAAGAUAAGGAUAAUUAGCAUCUAAUCCAAAUAAAACUAAUUAAGAUACUUAUAUAUGUGAAACAAAUAUAGUUGCUGACAUGCAUCUUUUUUCAGUUUGUGAUGGUCAUGGUUAGAAUGGUCAUUUUGUAUCAUAAUAUGUUAGAGAUUAAUUUACAAAAAUAUUGAAAAGAGAUCAUUAAUUAAAAUAACAUCCUAGAUAAGCAAUAGUGAAAUCAAUAUCAGUAUUAGCAAAUUUAAUAAAUUAAUAAUCAUUUGAUACUUAAUUUAGUGGGACAACAAUGAAUUCAAUUUUAAUAUAAGAUGGUGGACAUUUGAUAUGUUCAAAUGUAGGAGAUAGUAGAGCCAUAAUAGGAAAAUUAGGAAACAAUUAAAAAUUUAAACCAUUUCCUUUAUCUAUUGAUCAUAAGCCAUGUCUUGAAAAAGAAAUGAAUAGAAUACAUAUGCAUGGAGGUAGAGUAGAUACUUAUUAUGAUGAUUAAGGUAUCAAAUAUUAAUCCAUUAGGUAAUUCGAUUGGACCAGCUAGGGUAUGGGUUAGAGAUGGAAAUUAUCCAGGAUUAGCUAUGAGUCGAAGUCUUGGUGAUUAAAUUGCUUAAUCUGUAGGUGUUUCUAGCAUUCCUGGUAAUAUUAUAAAUCAUUUCUAUUUUCUAGAGAUUUUCGAAUAUUAAUUAACUCCUUAAGAUAAAUUCAUUAUUUUAGGAAGUGAUGGAGUUUGGGAAUUUAUUGAUAAUUAAAGUGUAGUCGAUAUUGUAGGCAAAUAUUAUAUCAAAGGUGAUUUAGAUGGAGCAUGCGAUGAAUUAUUACAGAUCUCCUAUAAAAUGUGGACUUUAGUAUAUAUCAUGAAUAUUAUUUAUUUAGGAAGAUGAUUCAGUAGUUGAUGAUAUUACCUUUAUAGUUAUAUUCAUAAGCUGA